GUCUUAUCAACUUCUCUUCCUCCAAUUAUUUCUCUUUUAUUCUCAUACUUCUGCAACACUCUGCUCUCAUGAUCAGAGUUCUGCAUUACUCCAGUUCAGGAAACUCUUUUCCUUCGAAAACAUUUCCUGCUUUUAUUAUAAUGAUUAUGAGCUUUAUAAGGUUCCUUCUUAUCCAAAAAUGAUGUCUUGGAAAGAGGAUUAUGACUGUUGCUCAUGGGAUGGUGUUACAUGUGAUUCGGUGACAGGUCAUGUGAUUGGCCUGGACCUUAGCUGUAGUUGGCUUUCUGGCAAAAUCCCUUCCAACAUUACCCUCUUUCUUCUUCCUCAAUUGGAAAGACUCAAUCUAGCUUACAAUAAUUUUAAUCUCUCUCAAAUUUCUUCUGAUUUUGGUCAGUUGACCAGUUUGACACAUCUUAAUCUCUCUUCCUCAAACUUUAGUGGUCAAAUUCCAUAUGAAGUCUCCCAUUUGUCUAAGUUGGUUUCACUUGACCUUUCAUUCAAUUUUUACGAUGAGAAUCAUGGCUUGAUAAUUGAAAGAGUUGUUUUCGACAUGCUAGUUCAAAAUUUGACUGUGUUAACAGACCUUGCUCUUGACGAGGUGGACAUGUCUGCCAUCGUACCUAGUUCAUUGAUGAAUCUAUCUUCGUCUCUAACUUCUCUAAGUCUCUGGGGGUGUAAACUGCAAGGGAACGUGCCAGAACGCAUCUUCCGCCCACCAAAUCUGAAGAUCCUUUGGUUAGGUGAUAACUUCAACUUGACAGGUAAUUUUCCCAAACUUAAUUGGAGCAGCCCACUCAAGCUUUUGGAUGUCUCUGACAUGAGCUUGUCGGAACAAGUACCUAAUUCAAUCAGCAAUCUCGUUUCCUUGAGGGAAUUGCAUCUCAGUAACUGCACUCUCGUUGGGUCAGUUCCUGCCUCACUUGGCAAUCUUACACAACUUGCUUAUUUGAGUCUGUCUAGGAACAAAUUCAAUGGUCAUAUCCCCUCAUUUCUUUCGAAUCUUGCCAAACUCCGUAUGCUAGAUCUUACCAACAAUAAUUUUAUUGGUGAAGUUCCAGAUAUCUUUCUCAACUUAACGCAACUUUCUUAUUUAUACUUGUCAAGUAAUCAACUCACUGGUCCAAUACCAUCUUGGUUAUUCACUCUACCAUUAUUGCACACCAUUUAUUUGGAUGAUAAUAGACUGAAUGGCUCUAUUCCAAGUUCAAUCUUUGAACUUGUGAAUUUAACCUAUCUUAGUCUUUCUUCAAACAAUUUAAGUGGAAUUGUAGAGCUUCACUUGUUCUCAAAGCUAAAAAACCUUCAGUAUCUUGAUCUUUCUCAUAAUAGUCUGUCAAUUAACACUACAUUCAAAGGCAACUCGUCAUUUCCACAACUUUACUACUUGUACUUAUCUGGUUGCAACUUAAGUGAAUUCCCAAGUGUGUUCAAAGCUAACUUGUCCUUUCCACAACUUCGGACUUUGCAGUUAUCUAGUUGCAACUUAAGUGAAUUCCCAGUUGUGUUAAGAACUCUAAACCAAUUACAGUACCUCGACCUUUCUGAAAAUAAAAUCAAUGGUCAGAUACCUAAUUGGAUGGGGGACGUUGGAAUUGAUACUUUGUACUUUCUAAAUCUUUCCCGCAACAACUUGACCGGCAUAGACCAACUUCCUUGGAAGAAUCUUGAUGUUCUUGACCUUCGGUUCAACUUGCUCGACGGGCCAAUUCCGAUUCCACCACCUUUCUUGACAGUAUUAUUGUUGUCAAACAACAAAUUGACUGGGGAGAUACCUCAUAUGAUCUGCAAUAUGAGUGCCAUAGAAAUUCUAGAUCUUUCUAGUAAUAGUUUGAGUGGUAAAAUUCCAACAUGCAUGGGAAGCUUUAGCAAUCUUCAUGUGUUGGAUUUACAGAAAAAUAAACUCUAUGGCACCAUUCUCGGAAAAUUUGCAAAGGGUAGUCCUUUGAGGACCCUUAACAUCAAUGAGAAUGAAUUGGAAGGGAAAAUCCCACGAUCUCUAGUCAAUUGCACGAAGCUUCAAGUUCUAGAUAUUGGUAACAACAAGGUAAAUGAUACCUUCCCCUAUUGGCUAGAAAGUCUGCUUGAGUUGCAAGUUCUUGUCCUUCAUUCAAAUCAAUUUUAUGGUUCUGUAUGGGGUUGCUCAAAGACGAAGCAUUGUUUUCCAAAGUUGAAAGUAUUUGACCUCUCAAACAACAAAUUUGGUGGUCCAUUGCCAGCCAGGUAUUUCGAAAAUCUAAAUGCCAUGAAGGAUGUUGGUGAAGCAAAGAGAAAGUUGCAGUAUAUGGGUGAAGUUUAUUAUCAAGAUUCCAUUACAGUGACAAUGAAAGGGUAUGAGUUUGAGCUAGUGAAAAUUAUCACUGCUUUCACUGCCAUUGAUUUUUCAAAUAAUAACUUUUAUGGAGAGAUUCCAAAAGUAAUUGGAGAGCUUCAUUCCCUUUUACACCUCAAUCUUUCUUUAAACAACUUAACAGGUUGUAUCCCAUCAUCACUUGGAAAUUUGAAUGCUCUUGAAUCCUUAGAUCUUUCUUCAAACAAGCUUGUCGAAAGAAUUCCAUGGCAGUUGAAAAAUUUAGAUUUUCUUGGAGUGCUAAACUUGUCUCAAAACCAACUCACGGGACCCAUUCCACGAGCACCCCACUUUGAUACCUUUGGAAAUACUUCAUACAUGGGAAACUUGGGAUUGUGUGGAUUUCCAUUGUCAAAAGAAUGCAAAAGUGAUGAGACACUACCACCACCUUCAAAAUUAGAAGAUGACGCAGAGUCUUCAAUUAGAUUCGGUUGGAAAGUGGUGUUGAUUGGCUAUGGAUGUGGAAUGGUUUUUGGAUUGAUCAUGGGAUAUCUUGUAUUUUCAACAGGAAAGCCUCAUUGGAUUGUAAAUAUAGUCGAGGGAGAACGCCGUCAAAAGGGGAGAAGGUCGAACAAGAAACGUGGGGGAAGAGGAGGGAAUAAGUCGACCAGGUUGUUAGACCUUUUUGACCUCAGCCGAAUAGUUUCAUUCGGUAACCUGCCAGAUUACUAUCGCGACGUGAAGCGGCUUGUGACAACUGCAAACUUGAGGAAGUACUGCUUCUUGAACUCUAAAUCGACCUUGGAACCCCUACUUCGUAAGUGUCCGUAG